UAUAUAUAUAUAUAAAAUCUGUAUUUAAAAUAGCAAAUAUUUAGAUGAUGUUUGUUAUUUAAAAAAAAUGUAUGUGUGUGUAUAUAUAUAUAUAUAGAUAUAUAUAAUAUAUAUAUAUAAUAUGAUAUUUUAGUUAUUUAAGAUGUUUUAAAGUCUUGGGCACAAUUGUAGAUGUAUUUAUUUGAAAUGUAUUCUGAGUGAAUGACCAAAAAUGUAUGUAUUGUUGAGUGGUCUGACACCUUCUGUAUAUAUUCUGAUGUUUAUGGGUAUGUAUUUAAUUUGUAACUGUUCAGAACUUCUCUGGAUGUUUUAUAAACUUUUAAAAGUCCUUGCAUUUGAGUCUCUUUUUCCAAUUCCCAAUUUAUUUGCAGAAAGGCUGUGGGAGGGACUGUUCGAAUCUUCCUUUCAGGAGAAGACAAACAAAAACCCUUUGAAGCUUCAACCCUCCCCCAUCUUUCAAUCAGUAUCAUGUUUCUAUAGCAACAGCAAUCAGAUCCCGAAAUACAGCCUCCAAGGCGGCGCUGCGGUAGCGUGACGUCCCCCACCCAACAUCUCGUGAUGCCGGGGUCUAUUUUUCAAGAUGAAGGAGCCCUCUACGCCUCAAGAUCCCUGGAACAAAAGUGACCCAACCUGCAGUGACAACGGAUUUGACCCAACUUUCUUUGCAGACAGCACUAGGAAAGGGAGUCUAGUCUCCAGAGCUAACAGCAUUGGAUCUACAAGUGCUUCCUCUGUACCCAACACAGAUGAUGAAGACAGCGAUUACCAGCACGAAACGUCCUACAAGGAGUCCUACAAAGACCGACGGAGGCAGGCGCAUAGUCAGUCGGAGCAGAAAAGACGAAAUGCUAUCAAGAAAGGCUAUGAUGAUUUACAGGCGAUAGUUCCAACGUGCCAGCAACAAGAUUGCUCUAUCGUUUCCCAGAAAAUAAGCAAAGCCACUGUCUUACAGAAAACUAUUGACUACAUCCAGUUUUUACACAAAGAGAAGAAAAAACAGGAAGAGGAUGUCGCCACUCUUCGGAAGGAUGUUAUGGCAUUGAAGAUUAUGAAAACUAAUUACGAGCAGAUUGUGAAAGCCCACCAGAAUAAUCCCCACCAGGGGAAGGAUCAGGUGUCGGACCAGGUGAAGUUCAGCAUUUUCCAGAACAUCAUGGACUCCCUGUUUCAGUCCUUCAGUUCCACCAUCUCUGUGACGAGCUUCCAGGAGCUCUCUGCCUGUGUCUUCAGCUGGACUGAGGAACACUGCAAGCCCCAGACUCUCCGGGAGAUUGUGGUCGGGGUGCUGCGCCAGUUAAACAACCAAUUAUACUGAAACGGUGCCAUCGAGCCAAGAGACCGGAGUGGCAUGGUGAUUCCAUGCCUGUCCGUUUCAAUAAGACACUUUUUUAUUUGUUGCUGCUUUUUAGACUCUCAUGCAGGAUUCCAGAAUGCUGGGGGAAAUGCAAGAGGCUGAGCUAUGCUAAGGAACUGGGUGUAAUUUUAUUAAAAAAAAAUGUUUCUAAAUAUACAGAUGUACUAUUAUAACCAAAAUCUUGUAAAUGCUAUUUUUAGCUGCAUGUCAUUUUUCCUUUGCAGUAAACCUGUAUUCCAGUUUCUGAAAACUUUAGUCAGAGGUCAAUUGCAAUUAGCUUAAUCAAUGAGCAUAAUUGCAACAGUGAUCUAUGCCAGAUUUGGUGCAGUCUUUUUAGUAGCAUAAGAAUUGUUCGUUUUAAGUUGCCUUAUGCUAGCAAACAUUUAGUUAACAUUCAGCGACUUUUGCUUGAGAGAAUCAGAUAUAUUUUUUUUUUUGUCACGUUCUCUAAACAUUUUACAUCUGGGUUAUUUGUGUCUGAAAUACCGGAUAUAUUGAGGCAUAGUCUUUAUUUUGAAGUUUGAAUAAUAUUUUGCUGUGGUAGAAAAAAAUUACUUAUAUAUAUAUAUAUAUAUAUAUAUAUAUAAUAUAAAUAUAGACCUGUGUUUAAAAAUAAAUAUUUUUGUAUAAAUACAUUUGCAAUAAAUGAAAUGUAACUUACAGAAACAUUGAUGUUUGUUUUAUUUCUAAACGAUUGGAUGGCAAUAUCCAGAAAGGGGAGUGAAAUUCCCCUGAUAAAUAAACUACCUUAUUCCAUGUACUUAGUUCUUCCAAUGCACAUGUAUAUUGGUUAACUAAUACAACUGAACAUGACACACAUUUAAAUGACUGGGUUAAUGUUCAACUGGUGGAAAAGUACAGAUCUAUGGCUAAGAUGGAUAGGGCAGCAGUGUGGAGUAGUGGUUAAGGCUCUGGACUCUUGACCGGAGGGUUGUGGGUUCAAUCCCCAGUGGGGGACACUGCUGUUGUACCCUUGAGCAAGAUACUUUACCUAGAUUUUUCCAAUAAAAACCCAACUGUAUAAAUGGGUAAUUGUAUGUAAAAAUAAUGUGAUAUCUGUAUAAUGUGAUAUCUUGUAACAAUUGUAAGUCGCCCUGGAUAAGGGCGUCUGCUAAUAAAUAAAAAAUAAAUAAAU